AUGGCUGUCGUGUCGGACGAGCCGAUAGAAGUGAAGUUUCGGUUAGCGGACGGAUCGGACAUCGGUCCGAACAAGUUCGAGCAGGAGGCUACUGUCUUGUCGCUGAAGGAAAAAAUCCUUUCUCAAUGGCCUGGAGAGGGGGGUCCGAAAUCGGUGAGCGAGAUUACUCUCAUUAACGCCGGGAGAUUGCUGGAGAAUACUAAGACUCUGUCGGAGUCCCGUGUUCCCGUGAGCGAAAUCGUAGGCACUCCGAUCACAAUGCAUGUCGUCGUCCAUCCAGCUCAAGCAGACAAAACCACAGCAACACAACAACCAGCCGAUGCAGCAUCUGGCAGAUGUGGUUGCACCAUUCUUUGA